GAGGUCCGAGGGCAGGUGGCUCCACCCGUCCCCGGGGCUUGGGCUGCAUUUGUGCUGAUGCUAACCGCCUGCCCCAGUUACAUAGCGGUGCCGCUCUAAUUACACAGCUCACUAAUGCCCCAGGUGCACAAUGUACUGUAGAUCAAAGUAACACAUUUCACUGUUAUUUUGUUCGCAACAUACUUCAUAAACUUAUUUACACUUUUGAAAGAAGUAAACCAAUCCUCCCUGUCCGGAAUGCAACCUAGUGCACUCACCGGACCAGGAAAACUUCAGCAGUGCUGCUUUUUCAGGGACUUGGGCACAGACUUAUCCUUUGGAAAGGAGCAGUUAGUAACCGGCUAGGCUUGUAAUUGCCCAUCUUGGCAAGGCCAAACAGCAGACCAAUGAGUACCCCUCCCCGACUUGCCACCAUCCAUACUGGGUGCACAAAAAUCAGGAGAGUACAAUCAGAAUUGAGAAGCCUCCCAUAGGUGGAACACAUCCAGGCUACAGAAAUGAUCACGGUAAACAGCCGACUUUUCCCAUAACUGGAAAAAGAGUGAAAGUAUUCAAGAAAAAAAAAAUUGUGACUCGAACAUCCUAUGCUGCAGAAUUCCUGAUAGUGUCAUCGUAGCUACAGAAGUAAUGGUGCUGUUUCAUCAAGCGUUGCCUAAAGUUGUAAGUGCUUCAGAAAACCCAAAAUCUAGGAACUCCAUGCUCAUCUCAAUACCUCUAUCAGCAGCACCACAAUGGAAAAGCUGAUACUGCAGAAACCACAUCUCAAUGUUGACCACAAUAUGACCAUGAUCAGGAAAGGCCACACAAGAACAUUGGAAGAAUGCUUUGAGAUAUUUAAAAUAAUUCAUCAGUUAACUGACAGCGUAGAACGAAUCUUCAUGGUGACCAAAGAGGUUAUUAAGGAAUUUGCAGCUGAUGGAGUGAAAUAUCUUGAGCUACGAAGUACACCACGAACAGAAAACACAACAGGGAUGAGCAAGAAGUCAUAUGUUGAGGCUAUACUUGAAGCCAUAAAACAAUGCAAACAAGAGAAUGUAGACAUAGACGUAAGGUUUCUGUUAUCCAUAGAUAGAAGAGGUGGGCCUGCUGUUGCCAUAGAGACUGUAAAACUUGCAGAAGAAUUCUUUACAUCCUCUGAUGGGCUAGUGGUUGGCUUGGAUUUAAGUGGCGAUCCCGCAGUAGAACAUGCUAAGAGCUUUCUUGCCCCACUUCAAGCAGCUAGAAAUAUUGGUCUUAAGCUUGCUGUGCACAUGGCUGAGAUCCCAAAUAAAAAUGAAGAAUGGGAAAUGUUACUUGGUCUUCCACCAGACAGGAUUGGCCAUGGUACAUUCCUUCAUCCUGAAGCUGGAGGGACAGACCAGUUGGUCAACACUAUUAAGAAGUAUCAAAUACCCAUAGAGCUUUGCUUGACAUCAAAUGUCAAGGGUCAAACUGUCUCAUCAUACAGUGAACACCAUUUCCAGUAUUGGCACAAUUGUGGACACCCCAGCAUACUUUGUACUGAUGGCAAAGGGGUUUUUACCAGCAAUUUGUCACAGGAAUAUCAGCUUGCAGAGUCAGCUUUCAACCUUUCUAAAGCACAGAUAUGGGAUCUGUCUUACCAAAGCAUUAACUACAUCUUCGCUCCAGAAAGUACAAAAUCUGAUUUGAAACGUCAGUGGAAUAAGCUGAAGCCAGGACUAUUUAACCAAGACUAAGCAAUGAUUGUGUGACAUGGACAAUGCUCUUGAGCCCUAUUUCAUUCAGCUGAUACUUAAUCUUGAGUGUCUCUGAUGAGAGACCUAUGCAAGCAAAUCAACAUUUCUGUAGUUCAGGCAUUAUGACAGGUGAUGCUUCCCCAUAAGCGGCUGACCCUUCUAUCUUUUACAUCACUGAUAACAGAUAUGUAUUGCUGAUGCAUAGGUCCGUCCAGAUCAGAAAGCUUAUAGAAUAAGUUACUGCACAUCUUUUAUACAAAUUAUACAGAGCACAAUAUUAAUGAAAGCAUCUUUAUAUUAAAUUUUAUUUUCUUCUAAGACCUAGUAAAGCAACGUGCUAUUUGAAAAAAAAUUCCCAGCCACGAACAAGCAACUGAAUAUUUUAAAAUAAUGUUGAUUUUUCUCUGCUCUUUCUCCAUCAGCUCAGGUGUUGAUGAGUACACCAUACUUUUCACUGUGUAUUUAACAGUGUGAUAAAACUUCAGGAACAAAUCCAAUAUCAAACCUUUCUACAAAUAUAUUGCAGUCUGCGUAGUUUGAUACUCUAGAUAACGAAUCCAACAAUACCAACUUGCCCUGUGAACAUUUUUUUAAACUUCAUUUAUGGGAGUUAGCAGCAAGAUGGAUGUUUAUUGCUCAUCCCUAAAUGCGUCUGAACUAACUGUCAUCUGCCUUCAUGAACUGUGGCAGCAUGGGUGGCAAUUGUAUGUCAAAGCUUUCAUUGUGACCAUGUGGCAACUUCUAUACCACUUCAAGCACUUAAGAAACUGGAUAAUUUCAACAGUAGUUACUUUCUGUGAGUAUACAAAUAUUGGCCUGGAUUUUACUGAAACAACCUGCCAACUAACUAGUUUCCCCUACUCCAAACUGAUUUAGCCAAAUAUAGAAUGCUGUUCUAGACACUCCUGGAGUUGAGAUGUAGCAGCCUUGUGCUGCAACAUGACCUCAAACAAUGCAGUGAAAUGACACAAAUGGGCCAGAACAAACAAUGUCCCAGAUUUGUAAGCUGUCAAAGCCUUCAGAGUUCUAAAUAUCCCAGAACAUUUCUGACCAUCAGAAAUACUCCUAAACUAUUGAAAGUGAAAUAGAGUUAAAAUUAACAUUUCAUAACAAAACAAAAUCAACUAACCAUGGGCAGCAUGGUAGCACAACACUAUACAGGACCAGCGACCCAGGUUCAAUUCCCACUGCUGCCUGUAAGGAGUUUGUACUUUCUAUACACGACGGUGUGGUUUCCUCUGGGUGCUCCACUUUCCACCUUCAAUCCAAGGACGUACCAGUUGGUAGAUUAAUUGGUCAUUCUGAAUUGCCCCAUGAUUAGGUUAGGGUUAAAUCGGGGGUUGCUGGGCAACGCGGCUUGAAGGGCCUACUCUGCACUCUAUCUCAUUAAAUAAACAAAAAAAUGCCAUCUUACUCUUCCCUUCCCCACUACAUAGAAUCUCCAUCGAAAUCAACAGACUAGGGAAAACGGAACUUGUUUUGAUAAUCAAGCUGUGUUCCAGUGAUAUAAUCUACAAAUUUAUGAGCAAAAUAUCAGUAUGAUCACCUGUGUUUAGUACUGCUUUAGUCUACUAUAGAUCAGCAUUAUUGACCUCAGGCCAGGUGUUAUAAUAUUUCAUUGGGAAUUGCUCAAGAAUUAAAUAAACAUCUUAAGUAGAUCAGUAAAUGCUUGCAAGCAUAAUAUAGUCAAGGUUUCAUAUAUUUUCACAGAACAGUUAUAGUAUGGUAAUGUUCUGAAAAAUUAUAUGUAACAAGCAUCACACUGCUUUUUCUUUUAAGAAAUAGGUAUUUAGU